CAUUUUUGUGUGUGAUUUUUUUCUAAUGUAAAGUAUGUGCCGUAACACAAAAGAGGCUGGGAAACACUGGUAUAGACGGACCCGCCCAUAGACUGAACAUAAAUAACACGCUACGGAGGAGAGGAUUCAACUUUUACACUUUGGAGGGUAUUUUCAGGUUUUUGCGUUUUUAAGCCCCCAAAACACCGUCACCGUCUAAACGAAAGGCACUUCCGAAUAUCAAAUAUUUUGUCAUUUUACCCGAAGCGUGCUGGUGUAAACCAUAGACUGUAAAUAUAAACAGGGCCUGCUGACUGACCUUUGGCUGGCUGUCAGUCAGAAACAUGGCUGCCCUGAAGAAAGUGCUUGUUGCUGCUGCUGUUGCUGCCUUUGCAGCUUUUAUUGGAUACCGAUUUCUUCAAAUAAAGGAAAUGGCUCUCGGUUCCAGAGAAAUUCCUGUGAAACACCUCAAAUGUAAUUAUUUACAGAAUAUUGAAUAUGGGGCAGAGGAUAUCACAAUUCUAAGAGAUGGACUGGCCUUUAUAAGCACAGGACUGAAAUAUCCUGGAUUGCCGUCAUUCUCUGAUGAUCCAGGGAAAAUGUACAUUUUGGAUCUUCUGCACCCGCAACCAACUCCAGUGGAGCUGCAGAUCAAAGGAGAGCUGGACCUCGACUCCUUCAACCCACAUGGCAUCAGUGCAUUCAUCGAUGAAGCAGAUGACUCUGUGUACCUGUUUGUUGUCAAUCACCCUGAAGGCAAAAGCCAAAUCGAGAUCUUUCACUUUGUGGAGGAGAACACACUUGUGCACCUAAAAACCAUCAGCCACCCUCUGCUCCACAGUGUGAACGACAUUGUUGCAGUGGGAGUGGAGAGCUUCUACGCCACCAAUGAUCGCUACCAUCCCAGUGAUGUCAUCAACCACCUGGUGACCCUCCUGGGUCUCACCUGGUGUGAUGUGGUCUACUACAGUCCACAGGAAGUGAAGAUGGCCGCCGGUGGCCUUCUGUCUGCUAACGGCAUCAACAUAUCGCCUGAUAAACGGCAUAUUUAUGUUUCAGACAUCAUGGAGCAUGAUAUUGAAGUUUAUGAGAGAAAACCAGGCGAAACAUUAGUGCAUCUAAAGUCUGUAGCUGUUGGGUCACUCUGUGAUAACAUCGAGGUGGACUCCAGGACAGGAGACGUCUGGCUGGGCUGUCAUCCAAACGGGAUGAAGGUGGGAACAUAUAACCCUGAAGAUCCACCUGGCUCAGAGAUCAUCCGGAUCAGGAACGUCGAGUCGGAGCAGCCGGAGGUCAGCGUGGCGUUCGCUGAUGACGGCCGUGUGCUCAUGGCGUCCACGGUAGCUGCUCCCUAUGAGGGCAAGCUGCUGAUUGGCUCUAUUUUCCACAAAGCGCUGUACUGUCAUUUGAAAUAAUCUGUGAAUUCUGUAUCUUUGUUUAAGAAUUGUAAUCUUGUAAGGAAUGAUUUGAAUGGAUAUGGGACAGAAAAUGAAUAAAAUAAUGAUUCACCAUUUGCAAAAGAGGAGUAAUAAUAGUUGACCUGAUACAGACUCUGGCUCAUUCUGGAAACCGUUUUACAUUCAUUUAUUUAAUUUCAUGUCAGUUUCACAAAAUGCAGUUUGUUACCUGAUGGAAACAGUAUUUCUAAUAUUUUCACAUAAAACUCCUUCUCACAA